CCGCUCCGCUCCGCACGGCCGGGCGCAGCGCCGGGCAGGGCAGCGCCCAUGGGCUGCGGCAACUCUACGGCCAGCGGCGCGGGCGGGCGAGGUGCCACAGGGACUACUAAAGAUGUAGCAGAAGAAUCCGUAUCAGAUGAUGACAAAAGGAGGAACUAUGGUGGCGUGUAUGUUGGCCUGCCGUCAGAUGCGGCUGCCAUGGUUUCCAGUCAGACGAAAGCUACACCGAAAGAUUAGAAGGAAAUAAACACAUCAAGAUGCAAACAGCUGGAGUCUUCUACUAAGACCAGUUGCCAGCGCUUUAGAGAGAGCUGUCUUUGUGGUGAAGAUUUUUAUAUUUACGUAGCCUUCCGGAGAGCAAGAGAGAUCAGAGCACCAAAAAAUCUAAACCGUUGCAAGUUCCAACUACGGGUAAAGCUUAAAGUACAGUGUUGAAUGAGUUUCCUAUGGCGGUUGCAUUAUGGAAAUCUCCUGCUGUUCUCCAGUGAAAAAUGAAAUUAAUGAACUCAUGGUGGAUGUUUCUGCACAAGAGCUAACUUUGAUGAUCUGCAACUUAUUUCUCUGUGGCCAUAUUGCAGAUUUCAUCAGCUAUCAGCUACGCUUCAUAUAUUUUCUCCAACAAUUUUUGAUAGAUUUUAUAUAGAGAACCAUUACUACUGUCCACUUAAUAGUUCCUAUGGUAGGUUCCUAUAAAUUAAUUGUUAAUUUACUUCAGAGUAAUAUAUUUGACAGGUUUGCAUCCUUUUGGUAAUAUUGCAAAUUUUAAUAUUUUUGCUGUGAAAACUUAAGAAUAGGGUGAAAUAAGCGUAAGACCAUUGGGUUCUUUAUAAUUACUACUGUCACUUUUAUACAGUGAGACAAAUAUUAGUGUUUAAUUUUCACCUUUAAGAAGACAUUGCUCAAGUAAAUUUAUUUAAAUAAGAACAACGUACUUCAUCGUAAUAUUUACGUGUCUGUUUUUAUUUUCUUCAGCUUUAUCUCUUUUAUAAAGCAUUACAUGGAGAAAAAUACUAAUGAACCAAACUAUUAUGUUAUGUCUUCCAUUCUGUGUAAUAUUAUAAUGACAUUUCCUUGUGUAAGGGUGAAGUGAUAUUAUUUUCAGAGAUAGCAGGACUAAACUCCAGUGCUGCAUCCUCCUGAACUGUAGAGGAUUUUUGAUCACUAUUAGAGCUUUGUAUCCCUGACUUAUCUCUAAGCAUCUCCAGGAUGGAAAAUUAUAACAGAAUGAGUGUUA